AUGAUCUCAAUUGUAAAUUCUGUACAUAAAAAUCUAAGUAGGAGGUCAAAAGAUACUCUGAAAGAAACCAAAGUUCCUAUUAUGUAUGCAGCAUUCGGGUGUUCAUUUAAAGAUAUUCAUUACACCUAUCGCGUUCGUGUAUCGACUGUUAGCAACAUUAUUAAAGAAGUUUCAAGAUUCAUAUGGAACAAUUUAAGUGAAAAAUUUAUGCGACUUCCUACAUCAGUCGACGAAUGGGAACAGACAUCGAUAAAACAACAGCUGUAUGGACUGUUAAGGCAUGUACUAUUCUACACAACUUUUAUAAGGGACAAGGAGGGCUCAAACAGUGAUAAUAACGUAUCUGAAGAAUUUAGUUACGAAAACCUACCCCAUGAAGUAAGAACACGAGGUGGUAAUACUACCAACUUAGUUCGAACAGAAUUCGUGAACUAUUUCAUGUCCGAAGAUGGAUCAGUCCCAUGGCAGGAUGAAGCUUUUCAGAAUUCCCCUGUAAUCUUGCUGAAUUCAUCUCGACCUUUCAUUGCACUCUCUAUGGAUCAUCACAUUUAUUACUCGCUACCAAUUACGCUUGCAAUGCCGGUUGAAACAACAGUUUUGCUACAGAAUAUCGAAGUGACACAUCCAUCAUCUGUAGAUCUCGAUUUUACGCAGCUUAGAUAA